GCGUAUCACACUAUAUCAUACAUUCAUAAUCAUUGAUGUAUUGAGAGUCCCAAGCUUCACUCUUAAAAAAAAAUCAUAAAAUGUUAGAGAAGAAAUUCGUUGGUAGAUGCGAUGGAUAGUAGUUUUGUCAUUUAGAGAGAGGUUUGAGCACCGAUGCCAAUGUUGGACAUGUUGGCUGAUGCCAUUUGUUACAAGUUUACUUCAGAUCUGUCUGAAAAUGGAAAGGCAUCUGAUAAAUUUAAUUCACUCCUCUCUCCACCAACCUCAAUUCCACCAAAUUCACUCUCUCAUCAUCACAAACCACUUCUCUCUCACCCCACUCUUCAUCAAAAAACUCUUAAACCAUUCCUUCAUCGACUACGCACGCAAGGUGUUCGACCAAAUUCCCCAACCAGACCACACCCUUCACAACUCCCUCAUUUCCACCUACUCCAAACUCUCUCUCAACAAACAAGCGAUACACAUGUUCGUUUCAAUGCAUUCUGAGAAUACCAGGAUCGAUUGUUACGCGAUUCCGCCCCUUCUCAAGUCGUGUUCUUCGUUGUUGGCUAGAGAUUUUGGAAUACAGGUUCAUUGUUUGGUGAUAAAACAUGGGUUGGAUGACUCCAGCGUUUUUGUUCAGACCGGUUUGAUCGAUUUUUACGCUAAAACUGGCAAUGUGGGUGAUGCUGAGAAGAUUUUCAAUGGGAUUUUGGUUAAAGAUCCGGUUUGUUACAAUUGUUUGAUUUCUGGGUAUUCAAAAUCCGGUGAUGUUUUGAUGGCAAGAAAGCUUUUUGAUGAGAUGGCAGAUAGAAGAACCCUUGUUUCAUGGAACGCGAUGCUUUCUUGCUACGCGCAUAAUGGGGAUUUCAUCGAGGGGUUUAGGGUUUUUGAGCGAAUGCAGGGUGAGAAUUGUCGGCCUAAUGAAUUCACUGUGGUGACUGUGCUCUCUAUAUGUGCUAAGCUUGGGAAUUUGGAAAUGGGGUUGAGAGUGAAGAAGUUUAUUGAUGAUAAUGAUUUGCGUCGCAAUAUGAUAGUUUCGACUGCAUUGUUGGAAAUGUAUGUGAAAUGUGGGGCUGUCGAUGAGGCACGAUGGGAGUUUGAUCAGAUGGAUGAGAAAGAUGUCGUGGCUUGGAGUGCUAUGAUUGCUGGUUAUGCUCAAAAUGGGAGAUCAACCGAAGCAUUAGAGCUUUUUGAAUGCAUGAAAAGGGAAGAAAUAAAGCCUAAUGAUGUCACACUAGUGAGCGUUCUAUCGGCUUGCGCUCAACUGGGUUCAGUGGAAGCUGGGGAGCGUAUCGGUAGCUAUGUAGAGAGUCUUAAUUUUGAUGCAAAUGUUCAUUUGGCGUCAGCAUUGUUGGCUAUGUAUUCCAAGUGUGGAAACAUUAAAAAAGCUCGACAAGUAUUCAGAAAAAUGCCUCACAAAGAUGUCGUGAGUUGGAACUCGAUGAUCAUGGGCCUGGCAAUCAAUGGUUUUUCAGAGGAUGCAAUUGCUCUGUAUGAGAAAAUGAAAGAAACCGGGGUUCAACCAGAUGAUAUAACAUUUGUGGGCCUACUAACGGCCUGCACCCAUGCCGGCUGUGUUGAUCUGGGUUUCGAGCUCUUCAGGAGGAUGAGAGUAGAACACGGGAUUAGCCCGAAGAUAGAGCACUACGCUUGUAUUGUGGACCUUUUUUGUCGUUCCGGGAGACUAAAACAAGCAUACCAGUUCAUAUGUCAGAUGGAAGUGGAACCAAACUCCGUGAUUUGGGGUACUUUACUUGGUGCUUGUAGGAUUCACUCGAAUGUAGAACUGGCCGAGCUCUCUAUCAAUAAGUUGAUAGAACUAGAGCCCGGGAAUGCUGGAAACUAUGUCCUACUCUCCAACAUGUAUGCUAGUGUGGGUCGAUGGCAAGAAGCUUCGAAGGUGCGGUUUUUGAUGAAAAGUAAGAGUUUACAGAAGACGGCUGCAUAUAGUUGGAUAGAAUUGGAAGAUAAGGUGCACAAAUUUCUAGUUGGGGACACAUCGAACCCUAGAUGUAAAGAUGUCUAUAGAACCAUUGAUGGAUUGGCAAUGCAUUCGACUUGGUCUACUCAUGCCUUUGAACCCGAGAUAGAGUUCUGUUAAUGCUAGGGCUGAAAACACAAUAUGACUACUAAAACUGGUGAGAAGUAGAAAGCAGGGAAUAGUUUAUGAUUGGCUUUUAGUUCAUAGAUUUGUCAAGAGAAAAGAAAAGUGUAUUAUUCAUGUAUGAAUUAUGAUAAAAAGAAAUUAAUACAAAUGAUGUUCUCAAAAGCCAAAAUUUGUAAAUCAAUGAUAUUACAAGAAUGAAUAGCAAA